GGAUCCCCGACCAGGGGAACUUCCUCUUCCUCUCAGGGCAGGUGUAGCUGCCGCAGCGGGACCCACACCCUGGCCCUGUCAUGGAUGGGGGCAAGGGGCCCAGACUCAAAGACUUCCUGAGUGGGAGCCUGGCCACCUGGGCGCUGGGACUGGCCGGCCUGGUGGGAGAGGCGGAGGAGCCGGAGGGGGAAGAGGAGGAGGAAGGAGAGGGGCCCCUUUGCCCAGAGAAGAAGUUCCUGCAUCUCAGCGAUGGGGCCCUUCUCCUCCGGGUGCUGGGCAUCAUCUCCCCGUGCCCACAGAGCUCCUAGUUCUCGAGGGGGACCUCGGGUGGUCGGGGGCCCUGACGGUCCUGCAUCCCGGCGGGUAUGGAACCUGAACCACCUGUGGGGCCGGCUAAGGGACUUCUACCAGGAGGAGCUGCAGCUGCUGAUCCUGUCGCCACCCCCAGACCUCCAGACGUUGGGGUUUGACCCCUUCUCAGAGGAGGCCGUGGAGGAGUUGGAAGGCAUCCUUCGGCUGCUGCUGGGGGCGUCAGUGCAGUGUGAGCACCGGGAACUCUUCAUCCGACACAUCCAGGGCCUCAGUCUGGAGGUCCAGAGCGAGCUGGCUGCUGCUAUCCAGGAGGUGACCCAGCCUGGGGCAGGUGUGGUGCUGGCACUGGCUGGGCCCGAGCCUGGGGAGCUGGAGCCCCCAGAACUGGAGAUGAUGUCCCGGAGCCUGCUAGGGACUUUGCUAAGGCUGGCCCGGGAGCGUGAUAUGGGGGCCCAGCGGCUGGCUGAACUGCUGCUGGAGAGAGAGCCGGCCCCCUUGUUACCAGAGGCUCCGGCUAGGAUUCCCCCAGAGGGCCCCUCACACCACCUGGCCCUGCAGCUGGCUAACAGCAAGGCCCAGCUGCGGCGCCUGAGGCAGGAGCUGGAGGAGAAGGCCGAGCUGCUGCUAGACUCCCAGGCGGAGGUGCAGGGCUUGGAGGUCGAAAUCCGACGGCUCCGCCAGGAGGCCCAGGCGCUGUCGGGACAGGCCAAGCGGGCCGAGCUGUACCGCGAGGAGGUAGAGGCGCUGCGGGAGCGGGCCGGUCGCCUGCCCCGCCUGCAGGAGGAGCUGCGACGCUGUCGCGAGCGGCUACAGGCGGCCGAGGCUUGCAAAAGCCAGCUGGAGGAGGAACAGGUUCUGUCCGGGACUCUGGAAGCCUCGAAGGCGCUGCUGGAGGAGCAGCUGGAGGCCGCUCAAGAGCGCUGCGCUCGGCUGCAUGAGACUCAGCGGGAGAAUCUGCUGCUGCGGACACGUCUGGGCGAGGCCCACGCGGAGCUGGACACUCUGCGGCAUCAUGUGGACCAGCUGGCGGAGGAGAAUGUGGCGCUGGAGCUGGAACUUCAGCGGAGCCUGGAGCCGCCCCCGGGCUCUCCAGGCGAGGCACCCGUGCCAGGAGCAACCCCCUCACUUCACGAUGAAGUGAGAGAGGCAGAGGCUGGGCGGCUGCAGAGCCUGGAGAGGGAGAAUCAGGAGCUUCGGGCCCUGCUGCAGGGGCUCCGGGGGCAGCCUGGGGCCCAGCACCCCCUGCUGGAGGAGCAGAGCGAGGACUCCUUGGUUCCAGAGCUGGAUGCGGCUCCCCAGGCUUGCCUGGCCUCAGCCCUGGGCCCCCAGGGUUUGGCUGGCCAGGUGGGGGAUGAAGGUGCCCAGGUCUUGGACCUGGCUCCCCCGGGAUCAGACGUGGCCCUUGAGAGAUUAGCUGUGCAUCCCCAGGCUUCUGAUUCAGACCCACAGGUGAUAGAGAGGCCCCUCCAGAUAGCUGUCACGGCCCCCCAGACCUCAGACUUGACCCUCCAGGAAUCAGGCUGCCCUGUAGCAACACAGGGGUCCCUGGAGAAGGCUGGCCAUGGAGCCCCCCUCCAGACUCCCAGCGCUGUGGUCUCACCUCAAGGUCCAGGGGUGGAAAUUCAGGCGGAGCUGUUGGGAGGAGAGAUUGGAGAGUCAGGGCCCAAAGCCCAGGUGCUGAGACAGGAGGGCCCUGCAAGCAAGCCUGGACCCUCAGAGCUCAGCCUCCACACGCAGCUGGAGGAGCAGGAGACCCCAGGCCAAGGGCUGGACCUACCCCACGGGCAGAGACAGGCCAGAGAACAUGAACAGAAGCUGGAGGGGAUGGUGGGGGACCCAGCCCAGCAAAAUCCACAGCAGAAGUCGGAAGGGGCUCCGGAGGCCCAAACCUGGGGAGGGCCGAUCCCAGGGGAGAUCCUGGCUGGUCGUGGCCCAGAGCAGGAGGCCCUGAGGGAGGAGGUGGCGCAGCUCAGGAGAGAGGCUGAGGCCCUUCGAGCAGAGCUAGAGGCCCAGACCCGGAGGCUGGAGGCCCGAGGCACAGAGGCUGCCCGCCUCUCGGAGGAGCUGGCUCAGGCACGGAAGGCGGAGACCGAGGCCCAUUGGGAGGUGGAGGCCCAGGCACGGGAGCAGGCCCGGCUGCGGGAGGCAGUGGAAGCGGCGGGCCGUGAGCUGGAGGCCGCGUCGCGGGAGCGGGAGGCCCUGGCAGAAGCGCUGGCUGCCACAGGCCGAGAGCGGAGGCAGUGGGAACGCGAGGGGCCCCGACUGCGGGCCCGAGCUGAGGCCGCAGAGGAGCGGCUGCAAGAGCUGGAGAGCGAGGGCCGCCGGCGCCUGCAGGAGGCUGAGACGGAGAGGCAGGCCCUCAGGGAGGAGCUCGAGAAGGCCGUGGUGCGGGGCCGGGAGCUGGGGGUACGGCUGGAGCACGUGCAGCGGGAGCUGAAGCAGGCCACCGCAGAACGCCAGGAAUUUCUGCGGGAGCAAGAGUUCCAGCACCAGAGGUACCAGGGCCUGGAGCAGCGGCUGGAAGCUGAGCUGCAGGCGGCGGCCACCAGCAAGGAGGAGGCCCUGAGGGAACUCAAGACCAGGGCCCUGCAGCUGGAAGAGGAGCUGGUUCAGCUGCGCCAGGGCCCUGAUGGGCUGGGGUCGGAGGGGCACCUGGAGCCGAGGACUCCGGGGGCCCAGAGUGGGCGGCUCAUCGAGGUGGAGCGCAGUAAUGCGACGCUGGUGGCCGAGAAGGUGGCUCUGCAGGGACAGCUGCAGCACCUGGAGGGGCAGCUGGGGAGCCUGCAGGGGCGCGCCCAGGAGCUCCUGCUGCAGAGUCAGCGCGCUCAGGAGUUCAGCAGCCGCCUGCAGGCUGAGAAAUCCGUACUGGAGCUGCAGGGCCAGGAGCUGCAUAAGAAGCUGGGGGUCCUGGAGGAGGAGGUGCGGGUGGCGCGCCAGUGCCAGGAGGAGACCCGGGGGCAGCAGCAGGCUCUGCUGCGGGAUCACGAGGCCCUGGCCCAACUGCAGCGGCGACAGGAGGCCGAGCUGGAGGGACUGCUGGUGCGGCACCGUGACCUCAAGGCUAACAUGCGGGCGCUGGAGCUGGCUCACCGGGAGCUGCAGGGCCGGCACGAGCAGCUGCAGGCCCAGAGGGCCAGCGUGGAGGCGCAGGAGAUGGCCUUGCUGGCAGAGCGAGAACGCCUGAUGCAGGACGGGCAUCGGCAGCGCGGCCUGGAGGAGGAGCUGCGGAGGCUGCAGAGCGAGCAUGACAGGGCUCAGAAGCUGCUGGCAGAGGUGUCUCGGGAGCGGGGUGAGCUGCAGGGUGAACGUGGGGAGCUGCGGGGCCGGCUGGCACGGCUGGAGCUGGAGCGGGCCCAGCUGGAAGUGCAGAGCCAGCGACUGCGUGAGUCCAACCAGCAGCUGGACCUGAGUGCCUGCCGGCUGACCACACAGUGCGAGCUGUUGACAGAGCUUCGGAGCGCCCAGGAAGAGGAGAACCGGCAGCUGCUGGCGGAGGUGCAGGCUCUGAGCCGGGAGAACCGGGAGCUCCUGGAGCGUAGCCUGGAGAGCCGGGACCACCUGCACCGCGAGCAGCGCGAGUACCUGGACCAGCUCAACGCGUUGCGCCGUGAGAAGCAGAAGCUGGUGGAGAAGAUCAUGGACCAGUACCGAGUGCUGGAGCCCGGGCCCCUGCCCCGGACCAAGAAGGGCAGCUGGUUGGCAGACAAGGUGAAGAGGCUGAUGCGGCCCCGGCGGGAGGGGGGCCCCCAUGGGGGGCCACGCCUGGGGGCCGAUGGGGCUGGCAGCACCGAGAGCCUGGGGGGCCCCCCAGAGACGGAGCUCUCCGAGGGCAGGGAGGCAGAUGGGACAGGGUCCCCUUCCCCGGCACCCAUGCGCCGGGCCCAGAGCUCCCUCUGCCUGCGGGAUGAGACGCUGGCAGCGGGGCAGCGGCGGAAACUCAGCUCACGAUUCCCUGUGGGGCGAAGCUCUGAGUCCUUCAGCCCCGGGGACACCCCCAGGCAGCGAUUUCGACAGCGCAGGCCGGGCCCCCUGGGUGCGCCCACCUCCCAUGGCAAAGGGCCUGGUGUGGGAUGGGAUGGCUCCAUCGAGACCCUGUCGGAACACAAAGCAGAUGCUAACGGAGAGGGCCUCGAGGUGCAGGAGCCGGAGAAACGCCCUCUCACCCCUUCCCUCAGCCAGUGACACCAUGUGGACAGGGGGCUUGGGAGUGCGGUCCUUUCACCACCGGAGUCCCAGUGGGGGCCUCCGGAAGCCUAAGAAUUCGGGGAUCCAGGCCACCUGGAGCCAGUCCUUGGGCAAGGAGGCCUGGGCUCCCAGCUCCUCCGUGGCCUACCCUGGGGCCCUGAGAUGGAGCCGGGAUAAGCCGGUGGACAGAGGGGAUGGCUGGUCCCCAGGUGCAGCUCCUCGCCACGGCACUGGCUCUGCCUUGCGGCCUUCCCUGCGGAGGCCAUCUCUGGGUGACCCCCCAGCUGAAGGAGACGGGCAGAGGUGGGCAAGAGAGCCCGCUGCCUGGUCUGGGCAGGGAGCCAAGGACCAUUCACUGGGGAAGGUGACCUGGGCCCAUCUCUGAGCUGUAUCUGGGAUGUGAGGGACAUGAGAAUAAAGCUGGGUUACGACCACGUGAA